UGACAAAGAGAUACCUCCACACAAAAUCAACUCCCCCUUGGGCAACAACAUCAACGACAUGCCAAUCCAUUUCAAUGGACCUCGUCUGGAUAAUGAAGAUGAAAAUAAUGAUGAGGAUGCCUCGGCCACCGAAGAUGACAAGGAUCAUCUGAAGGAAUUGGAAUUUUACAAGAAUUUAGCCAAGGCCGCAACGCUGGCCUCUCAGAACAAUAAUAACAACAAUACCAGUAAUAAUAAUUUAGAUAAAUCACCAAUACCUCAACAUUUGCACGAAGCAUCAAAUAAUCUACACCCCUCACCGCCACCCUCACCGGAACCCAUGCAAAUUGAUGUGGAUCCCCAUCUGCAUCAUCAUCAUCACCAACACCAUCAGUUACAUCGUGCCAAAGAAGAGGAUAUGCAACAGCAUGAAGAUGACAUGGCCUUAAUGCAUCAUGAGGAUCACCACAUGUCGGAGGUGGAUGCCGAGUUGGCCGACCACCAAUCAUCGGAACAGGCCAAGGCAUUGGCUGCGGCAGCCGCUGCGGCCCAGGCUCAUCUGAAUGGAACUAUUUCUUCCCCCUAUUCCGUUCUAGUGCAAGAAAUGUUAAAUUUACAAAAAUUGCAAAGUCUCUCCUCGUCAUUCCAACAAGAACAGGCCAUGGCCGGCAAUAAUGCCGCCACAGCGGCCGCUUUGGCCAGUCUGCAAGGUUUGGCAGCGGGGAUACAGGCCACAGCGGCGGCAGCUGCUCUCAACUCACCGCUGAAUUUGAGUGUGGCCAGCAGUGGAGGCAGUGGCAUUCCUACAUCUAUGGCUUCGGAGUUGCUGGGUAGCAGUCACAAAGUUAUGGCUCAUAUGGCGGAGUCGGCGGGCGGCAGUAAUGCCGGAGAUGGCCAGAAUCAAAGGAGUGCCUCUUCACCCAAUCAUGCUGGCAAUAGCCUGGCGGGUGGGGGACAAUCAACGGCUUCAUCGUCACAAAAUGCUUUGGCCAAUGCCCUGAGUAAUGCGGCAGCAGCAGCGGCGGCUGCGGCCCAGGGUACAGCGGCCACGGCCUCGCCACCACCCCAGCUGCAGGCACCACCGGCCAGUGCACAAAUGCCCCAGCUAAUCCUGGCCUCGGGCCAAUUGGUGCAAGGGGUCCAGGGGGCCCAGCUGCUGAUACCCACAGCCCAAGGCAUUGCUGUGCAGACCAUCCUCACCAUACCGGUGAGUCCUCAGGUGAACACCAACGAACAAUUCCUAUCAAACUUUGGAGCAUUUGCUGGCUUCCAUCAGCAACAAACGCCACCGCCUCCACCACCACCCCAGCCCCAGCUGCUGGCCGGUGCAGCGCCUCACUUGUCAGCCUCCUUGGCUGCCCUGCAUCAAGCACCCACCUUGCCCCAGCUUGCCCCAGGUCCCACGAAUUUACUCAAACCCAAUCUUUUCUCAAACGGUGUACAACAGCUGUUGGCUGCCCUGCAUCCGGAGCUUUUUGCCGCCGCCGCAGCCAAUCAUCAUCACCACCAACAACAGCAGCACCAACAACAACAACACUCCCAACAGCAGCAACAACAUGCCCAACAAUUGGCCGCCCACCAUCAUGACAUGCAUUUGCGUUCGGCCGCCAACGAUCGCUCCCCGCCCUCCUCGCCAACAAAUAGUACAAAAGCUGCCGCAGCAGCUGCAGCCGCCGCAGCUGCCGCCUUUCAUUUGCAAUCCCAGCUACAGAUCAAAGCCGAAACCCAACCUCAUCUACAUCCACAUCAUCAUGCGGCCGCAGCAGCGGCUGCCUUGCAUCACCACACCCAGGCCCUGAGGCAUGCCGAGGGUUUGGCCUCACCCAAGCUGGACUGUAAAUCGAAAAUAAGUCUCAGCUCGGAUGACAAUGAUGAUUUGCCGCUGGCGCGUCAUCAAUUCGGCAGUCAUCAUCGUUUGGGUAAUGCCUCCAGCUCACCGCGGCCAUCUUCAAGUACUUCCAGCAGCUUGGCUCUGAGAGAGCGGGAGGUCAGGGAACAAUUGUCACUGAAACUAAGUCCCUCGCGAUCGGUAAGCAGUAAUGCCGGACCAAGCGGCAUGAAUUUAAGUCAAAUGGGCAGUGAGAGGGAAAAGGAGAGGGAAAGAGAACGAGAACGCGAGAGAGAAAGAGAACGAGAGCGUGAAAGAGAACGUGAACGUGACAGAGAACGCGAACGCGACAGAGAACGUGAGCGUGAACGUGAACGCGAAGAGAAACGUGAACGUGAGGGCUUCAGGGAACGCGAACGGGAGCGUAUACGUGCCGCCUCACCCGCCACCCUUAAUGCCCGCAGUGCCGCUGCAGCCCUGGCCAAAGAGGCUGCCUCGGUGGGGCAAUGCCAUUCCUCGACUUCUUCAUCUUCAAACAACUGCAACGAAAGAGGCUAUUCAUCACCUGCAGGCUCAUCCGCAAGUAACCAAAUAUACCGGGCCCAUUCGCCCCACAUGUCCCAUCAUUCGCUGGGUCGGCAAACGCCCCAUACCAUAUCGCUGGACUCGCCACAUGAAAGAGAUUAUCUGGGCAAUGGUGGCCAUCUGGCGGCCUCGGCAUCCAACACAACGGCAACCUCCACGGCCAAUGUACUUAGUGGUAUGAAUAGACUCUCCUCCUCCAACGGCGAGCUGAGCAUAUCAAAGUCCUCCCAUGGCCCCUCAACUGCAACCGUCAGCGGCCUAUCGGUGUCACCAACCCCCAUUGCGGGACCAAACAUGUCUUCAAACAAUGCCUCCACCUCCACAUCGUCAUCGGCCUCGUCGAUGCAUCACCAGCAGCAGCCACAUCAUUCAAUGCAUUCCAUGAAAAUGUCUCCUACCACCAGUGCGGUGCUGCAACAGCAAAGAGAGCGUGAACGUGAAAGGGAGCGAGAACGCGAACGUGAUCGUGAGAGGGAUCACAUGGGUGAUCUGCCGCCACCACCGCCAGCCAUGUCACCCAACGGCACGGAGGGUUCCAUUGGAGCCCAUGAUCUGCUAAUGGAUUCACCGAAUGAGCCCACCAUCAAUCAGGCCACCACUAAUAUGGUUGAUGGCAUUGAUCUAGAUGAAAUUAAAGAAUUUGCCAAAGCAUUUAAGUUAAGACGUUUAUCAUUGGGCCUAACCCAGACCCAGGUGGGUCAGGCCCUAUCUGUUACCGAGGGUCCAGCAUACAGUCAAAGUGCCAUAUGCAGUGCAUUAGCCGCACAAAUGUACGCUGCUCAACUCUCGUCUCAACAGCAAAACAUGUAUGUUGAAAACGGAAAAAAUAAGUUCGAAAAGCUGGAUAUAACACCAAAGAGCGCUCAGAAAAUCAAACCCGUUCUCGAGCGUUGGAUGAAAGAGGCCGAAGAGAGUCACUGGAAUCGUUUCAAGUCGGGCCAAAACCAUCUAACCGAUUACAUUGGCGUUGAACCAUCAAAGAAACGCAAACGACGUACCUCGUUUACACCGCAAGCCUUGGAGCUUUUGAAUGCUCAUUUUGAGCGCAAUACCCAUCCAUCGGGAACCGAAAUUACCGGCCUGGCCCAUCAAUUAGGCUAUGAACGUGAAGUUAUACGCAUUUGGUUCUGUAAUAAACGUCAAGCUCUCAAAAACACCGUACGCAUGAUGUCCAAAGGUAUGGUGUAAGUCGUCGUCGUCACACCCAUUACACCAUUAUCAAACUGGGAGAGUAGGGAAUUUGAGAGAGCGUCCUUUCCUGCAGUGGACUACCAUCAACAGCCAGCCAUCUGAACAAAAACAAAAUUACAAGGGAAACAUAGCUAUUCCAAUCAUAUAAAUUUUGUAUAGAAAAAAAUAUUAGAAUAAUAAUUCUUCAUAUGUAUUCUUCAAGUUUUGAAAAAAAAGGAAAGAGAGAGCUUUG